AUGAGAGAGGUUCUUUCGCUUCAUGUCGGUCAAGCAGGUGUUCAAAUCGGUAAUGCCUGUUGGGAACUGUACUUGCAAGAGCACGGGUUGACGCCAGAUGGACGUGUCACAGAGGAAAGCAAGCCUAAGAAUGAAGAUGGCUUCUCAACAUUUUUUAGUGAGACAGGCCGUGGAAAGUAUGUUCCUCGCUCGAUCUAUGUGGAUCUUGAACCUAAUGUGGUGGACGAUGUGCGUAACGGCCCUUUCAAGUCACUGUUUCACCCAGAGACACUAGUGACGGGCAAGGAAGACGCUGCAAACAACUAUGCGCGUGGCCACUAUACGGUUGGUAAGGAGCUGAUUGAUCAAACGAUGGAUCGUGUCCGUAAACUUGCGGAUGCAUGCUCUGGGCUUCAAGGUUUCUUUGUGUUCCAUUCGUUCGGUGGUGGCACGGGAUCUGGAUUCGGCUCGUUGUUACUGGAGCGCCUUGCCCAAGAUUAUGGUAAAAAGGCCAAGCUUGAGUUUUCCGUGUACCCUGCUCCUAUGAUGAGUAGUUCAGUGGUUGAACCCUACAAUUCCGUGCUCACUACACAUACCACGCUUGAAAACUCUGAUUGCUCGUUCAUGGUGGAUAACGAAGCUAUUUAUGACAUCUGCAAGCGCAAUCUUGGAAUUAGCGCACCAAGCUACACGAACUUAAACCGACUUAUUGCGCAAGUUGUCUCGUCCAUUACGGCAUCGUUGCGGUUUGAUGGAUCAUUGAACGUGGAUCUGAACGAGUUCCAAACGAACCUGGUGCCGUAUCCGCGUAUUCAUUUCCCUCUCGCUACAUAUGCUCCAAUUAUCUCGGCUGACAAGGCGUUCCAUGAACAAAACAGUGUGGCUGAGAUGACGACAUCCACAUUCGAGAAAGGCAACCAAAUGGUUAAGUGUGAUCCACGCGAUGGAAAGUUCAUGGCUUGUUGCUUGCUCUAUCGUGGUGAUGUGGUGCCCAAAGAUGUAAAUUCCGCUGUUAGCCUAAUCAAGACAAAGCGCACUAUCCAGUUUGUCGACUGGUGUCCGACCGGAUUCAAAAUCGGUAUCUGUAAUGAACCCCCUGCCCUUGUGCCCGGUGGGGAUCUGGCGAAGGUGUCGCGCUCAUUGUGCAUGUUGGCGAAUACGACUGCUAUUUCCACUGCAUGGAGCCGUCUUGACCGCAAAUUCGACCUCCUUUAUUCAAAGCGUGCAUUUGUGCACUGGUAUGUUGGUGAGGGUAUGGAAGAGGGUGAAUUCAGCGAGGCCCGUGAAGACCUCGCUGCGCUUGAAAAGGACUAUGAAGAAGUUGGUAUGGAGACGGCUAUGGGAGACGAAGAGGGUCUCGAUGCUGAAGAGUAUUAG